GAAUGCUGUUAUUCCCAGUGUUUAUUUUUGCACGUUAUGCCACUAUAUAAAGGUCUAACUGUAUAUACAUAUUCUGUCGGAUUGCAGAUCGAGUUAAGAGAUAAGCAACUUGCACCAGUUCUAAGGGAAGAUGAGGUAUCUGGUCAUUGUGGUGUUCUUGUUGCUAUCUUCCUCAAUAUGCCUUUCCGCUCAAGGUAAUAAGGGGGGUCAAGGCGGAAAAGGUGGAAAGAACGGCGGCGGUGGUGGUGGUGGUGGCGGAGGCGGCAAAGGCGGCGGUUCCGGUGGACAGGGAGGUGACCAUGGUAAGAACGGUGCGAAUGGCAAGGAUGCGACCUCUAUAUUCGGAGGCGGUGGAGGAGGCGGCGGAGGUGGUGCAGGUGGAGGCAAGGGGGGAAAGGGAGGAGAAGGUGGCUUAUUGGGUUUCGACGGUAAGGAUGGACAACACGGUAGCUCCAACGCUGGCGGAAGUGGUGGCGCAGGCGGUGGGGGAUGGUGGGGGAGGCGGCGGAGGUCGUUGAUGAAAAAGCUUUAAUAUUUUAGGUAUUAUUAUGAAAAGAAAUGACACUGGUGUUUUAACGAUAUUUUACUAUAGUUUUUGAAACAAUCAAAUGAAAUUCUUUUAGAGUUGCGCAAUGUUUACAUGUUAUGAUGACAACAGAUAGUAUGAUAUGCAUGUAUUUGAAAAAGAAAGAGGUACAUGUAUAACAAUGGAUCAGUUCUGAAAGCGAUUUUUUGUAAUUAUUAGUUUUGAUAGUUUUAAAAUAACAAUUAUAUAUGAUAUCGAA